CAUGGGAUCGGCCCAGACCCCCUCCCCUGCAAACCGCAAGCUGAAUGAGGACAAUCUCUCCAUAAAAUAUAGGCAGAUGGAUGGUCGUUCCAAUCCUCCAAAUCAUGUUUUAAUUUGAAAGAUCGUAGCUCAACGUCACUUCCGCUUUCGUUCGCUGAAUUUGGUGAGACUGCUGCUCGAGUCCAUGCCAGGGGUUCAUGGGGGGAACAUGGCCGCCAUAUCCCCACCGGAGUCUCCGCAACGGCACAACUCCCCGGUGGAGGAAGUCCAAACAUCAGGGAGCAAGACUGACUCGGCGGAACUGGACGGCGACGCUGACCAGACAGAAGAAAAUACACUGGAUCAAUCUCAGGAGCGUCAGAGUAGCGAGCACAGUGGUAACAACAGCGCCUCCCUGCCCGGCCAUUAUAAGGUUAUUGAGUCGGGGGCUGGAGGCGGCCAAACAUGUAAUUCACCGGAACCAAAAAUGGCCGAGUCACCAGGAGAUGAACAGAGGCCCCUUGACUGCCCCGGAGACGAAGGCAACGGUGAAGAGGAUCAAUCCCACACGGAAGAAAAUCUUUCAGAACCUGCUGAGAAAUUGCUGCCAGAAACUCAAGCUCUUCCUGGUGCAGAGGACAUUCAUGAGAAGGUUGAGGAUCCAGUGGAAGAUGUGGGCUCGAUAGAGUAUGUGGUUGAAGACCACGGUGAGGGUGAGAAAAGGCAGCACAGUGAGUCCUCAUCUAAGCCAAAAAAGAGUCGCAUGGUGUGCAAGGAGUGUGGAGUAUCCUUCCCCCGCCGUGAGAUGUUCUACCUUCACCGCCAUAGUCAUGCACACAAGGAUGACCUGGCUCCCCUCACCUGUAAAGAAUGCGGCCUUUCUUUUAAGGACCGUCGCAGCCUCAUCAAACACCGACAUGUGCAUAAGGAGCAGGAAGAGGAGUCAACAUAUGAGGACGAAGGUGUUUUUCAGUGUGCGGAGUGUGACAAUUUUUUCCCUACGGCGCAAAAGCUGAGGGUCCACAAUUGCAGUGAUCCAGAUGACAAGCCUUAUCACUGUUCGCUGUGCCGCAAAGAGUUCCAUUUAAGGUGUUCUGUCGCCAUGCACAUGAUGAACCACUCUCAUGAGGGCUGGACGUGCGAGGAGUGCGGUCGAACCUUCCGGGAAUACAAGAGAUUGCGCUGCCACCAACGAUGUCAUCCAAUCCUUAAACCCUACGAAUGUCCCGAGUGCGGCAUGGCUUUCAGAUACAAUUCCGUCAUGGAAGACCACCGGCGUAAGCACACAGACCAACUGCGCACAUACCUGUGUACCGUAUGUGGUAAGACUUUCAAGUACAGCAGUCUCCUCCAACAGCAUCAGUAUCUGCACACUGGUGAGAAGCCCUUUCGCUGCCCCGAUUGUGGUAAGAAAUUUGCCUUUGCUCAAAAUAUGAGGGCACACUGUCGCCAACAUAGACUGCACCAAGCCAACGGUAUUCCCUGUACCCAGCCCACCAAGCCGACUCCCUUGUCUGCACCGGAAACGGUGCAAGUGGUGCCAAGGAAAGAGAAUGCACGCCCGAGUGAGGAAGCAAAACGCACUUUUAACUGUCCCCUUUGUCCCCAGACAUGCAGCUCACCGGCCAACCUGAGAGCCCACAUGCAUUUUCAUGAGGUGGAGUAUGAGUCACAAGAGAGAAGAUCCCAGGCGCCCCCAGAAAUUAAAAAGGUUUGGGAUAAAGGGCACACGUGUCCACACUGCCCAUGUACUUACCGCGAUGAGAUAAGUUUACGAUUACACGUGUUCAAAACCCAUCAGAAUGUAACGCAAGAUUGGGACAAAGUGUCCAUUUCCUCCCGAAAAGAGUUGAGCUCCGUACCCAGUGGAAAUCUGCAGGUAGAAUGCAAAAGCGAUGACUUCCCCCCAAAAGAUUUGAGCUCCGUACCCAAUGAAAAUCUGCAGCUGAAAUUCAGGCCGCACAAGUGCCCCGAGUGUGGCAAAAUGUUUCGCCAUCGCUCAGUGUUAGAGCUGCACAUGCGCAUACAUUCCAAAGACAAGCCUUACCAGUGCAGCGUGUGCGGCAAAGGCUUUCGAUUCAGCAGCUACUUACAGCAACAUAUCAUCAUCCAUUCGGGCAAGAAGCCUCACAAAUGUCCUGACUGCGGGAAGGACUUUGCCUUCCUGCAGAACAUGAGAACCCACCAGAAGCUGCAUCAGGAAAAACCCUUCCGCUGCACCAGCUGCCGCAAAGGCUACAGCGACGAGACGCAACUGCAACACCACAUGCGUUCGCAUAAUGGCGAGAAGCCUCACAAAUGUAACUUGUGCAACAAGAGCUUCGGCUUGGCGUAUCUGCUGCGCGACCACCUCAACACGCACACUGGAGAGCGACCCCAUCUCUGCAGCGAAUGUGGCAAAUCUUUCUCCUGGUUGAGCAGCUUGUUGGUGCACCAGAAGAUCCACACUCGCAAGCACCAGAGUUUUAGUCCGCUUAAUUCUGCCGCCCCGGCCGGCGGGAGGACUCGAGGCAGAGGGAGCAGGGGAAGGAGAGGGGGGAGGCUGACGUCGGGUAUGUCUCGAUCAGUCGAGGGGCCUCCUCCCUAUCCCAAUUCAGGGGACAUGCCGCAUUCUUCCAUGCUCGCAUCUCAAGAAGAAUUGCAAGUGAGGAUGAAGAAAGAGGCAUUUCUUUCUGAACUACACCCUCCACCUGUCCACUGGGAGUUGGACGGUGACGGAGCAAAGCCGGUCCCCUCGUCACAGCCGGCAGAGCUGAUUGACAACUCGUCGCAGCCACGCCGGCACAGUCAAGAGAGCACACCCUCCUCCCAAAAAGCCCCCCCCUUGGGAAUCGACGGAACGGAGAAACACGGAGAACCCACGGCCACGACGUCGACUUCCUCUGGAUCUUUGCAGCAUGACUCUCGCAGAGUGUCGUCCUUUGUGGACGGUGCGGCCUUGUGGAGCAUCCAACCUCCUCUGUUGACUUCUCCAAACAAGGUCACUCAAGAACUCCAGUCGCCCAGAUGGCCAGGUGCCCCUGUGCCGAAAGCGGAGACUUUGACGCUUCCUAUGAAAGAGGAUGGAAAAGUUUGGGAUCCUCAAGCAAUAACGUUGACUGUUAAGCAACCUGAGCAGCUCUGGAUAGAAAGUGAGUCACAAAAGCAGAGGACUUCCGGUGUAGCAGGUGCACCGUCCUCGGUUCAGGUAGACCAAAGCAUCCCCAUUCCAGUAUCGACUGCUGUUGCUCAUGGGCUCGGUAGCACUUUGUGGGGCAUUCAAGCGCCACUGGGGGUUUCGAACAAAACGACCUCCCCUCAGAAACUUGUGAAAAAUCAAGACUUCCAGCUACAGCAGAAGCAGGUGCCGACUGCUUGGGCCACUUUACCAAAUCAGACUUUGACACAGAAACUUCCCAUCCCCAUGAAUCCCUUUGCCCAAACCAUUGGCACAACAGUGUGGGGCUUCCAAAAUAAUCCUUUGGGUCCUCCGCUGCUUCUCACCGGGCAGCUCAAACCUGGGAGCGUACAGACCCUGCAGCAGCAACCCAUCGGCACGGCCAAUCAGAUCAUCCUAAACCAGUCGCCGUCUUUCUUCUCCCAGGCGCUUGGCACCCUCCCGACCCUCGCUUUGCCCGGUACUCACUCUCUUCACGCCGUUUCGGUCGGUACACUGGCAAGACCGUCGCUCCCAAAUAUUUUCUUCACCCCUCAGGCUGUCCUGACUGAGAGGCCACCCCUGCCACAAACUCCGGCCCUACCUCAGCUUGCCACGCGGACCGAAGCUCACAAACUCGCAGCCCGUUUGCCUUUUGCCCCAGAUCGACUUUUGCAGUGCAUGAUUUGCGGCUGUUCUUUCCCCCGGGAGCUGGAUCUUCAGUUGCAUUACUUGCAACAUGCACAAGGAAAAGCUUAACAUUGUAACGGUAGCAGCAAAGCGUGAUUUAUUAAUUUGUUACUUUUUCUAUUCUGUUGAGCCCCAUUUCUCUGGCGCUCACUUGUGGAUUUUGACCAGCUGACUUGGUUGGGCAUUAGAAGCCAAAAGAAAAAAACGGAGUUAGUUCUGCUGCACACUUUUUUAAUUGUACUAAUUCACUCUAAAUAAGACUGCUGAGACUAUUGUUGUGGUUAGAAACAGUAGUUGUUUUCUUCUUAAAAAUGCUUUUAAUAUGCGCGUUGAACAAUUUCUCAAGGGUGUGGACCAAUUGACCAUUUUAUUUACUGCCAAUAAUGUUUGCGUUUUAAAAGGUUUUUUAAGUUGUACAUUUUUGGUCCUGUCUUGAACCAUUUCAGAGGUGUAUUUCAUGUACAGUAUACAGUGUGCCUUUUAUGAGUACAGUCUGCAUGUCUGCUACGCCGGUAUUGUAGGCCUAGUUUGUUAGCAAAGUAGACGGAGCAACUCACUACUCAGUGGGUAUAUAGAACUGUCCUCCAUUUAUGCUGAAAUACUGUUUAUGGAAAUAUUGAGGUACAGUUGACAUGACAACUCUACACACGCCUGUUUAAAUGCCAGAUUUUUGUGAUGCAAAAAAAAAAAAGACCAAGACCAAUCAUUUCAAAACUGUUUCUACCUUUAAUGUGAUGUCUAACCAAUAGAACUGAGAAAAAAAAAAACAUUUUAAGGGAGUGGGGGAUAGACAAUUGAGAUAAUGUGGUCUAGUAGGCUUUCCCUGACAUUUUCUUUUUUUGCUUUAUGACAGAAGUCCAAAAGGUUUUGUGCCAACGCUCACUGGUAUUUGGAACUAUUCAGAAUUCCCAAAGAGAAUAUCCAAACUUAAUUUAGUGUUAUCACAGGCACCAAUGGUGGAAGGUAAUGUGCUGUCUCCAAUUUAACAUCGGGUUUAAUGUGACUGGUUUAUGAACACAGUACAUGUGGGUGUGCAACUGCACUCUUAAUUUUAUACAUGUACUGUAUGUCUGGGUCAUUUCCGGAAUUGGAGGACAUUUUGGCUUUCUAGCGUUAGAAUGCUUCAAAAAUAUAUCUUCACAUUCGGAUUUUCUCCUACAUAUUCAUCAACAACAGGUGAAAAACUAUCCAAGGCCUGAUUAGUUAAUCUUAGAUCAGUGGUACCAUUUUUAUUAAACUAUUUAUUUGGUAUGAACAAUACCUGUCACUGUAAUCACAGUAACAGGGUUUGCAAAUCUGGACAAAUGUUAGAUUUGUCUUGGGAGUAUAAGCUCGCUUUUUUUUUUUUGCUAGCUGCUUACUGAUGACUUCAGGAGACAAACUUACCUAAAGGUAAAGAACAUAAUGUAAAAAGAAUUGUCUUACUGUGAUCAGGCAUAACAGGGUUGAAUGAGGUACACUGAGAUAUUCAAUCAAGUCUACCUACAGUAUGUUAUAAAAUUAUGGAAAUAGAAGAGAAGACAUACCUUUGCUCUCCCCAUUCUCUUGGAAAACUGGUGAUGUCAAGUCCACUGUAUCAUAGGAUUGACUGCUUUCUUCUGCCAUACUAAAACAGGGUUGCAUGCAUGUGGUGGGACACACGUUCCAUAAUUAUUUAAAAUAUGUUUAUAAAAACGUGUACCUGCAGUUACAAGAGGAAGCUAUGAAACAACUACCUCUAGUAUAAAAAACUAAUACAUUUUAAUUUCAUUUCAACUGUUUUCGAUUUAGUUUCGUCACAGGGUGACAAGCGCAAAUUACAUUUUAGGGGUACUCCAGACUUCUUUGGUAUUUGAAAAGCUAUUUUCAAUAAUUCUUUUCUCUGAGUAUUAUUAAUUUCUUUUUUUUAGAUUUGGUCUCGGGUACAUACAUUUUCUUCGAAACUGCGUGUUUAAAUAUUUGGUAUGUGGAUUAUUUAGAAUUUAAUCAGUGGGAUGUAAAAUGUCUUCCAAUUCUCAAAUGACCGAUACAUAUAUCCGGGCAUUUGAACACUUUUUCUCUCCACCAUACUUGUACUUGCAUCUGAGUUCUCACUUCAUCAAAAGUUAUAGUCAUUAGAAAAGUUGAUGAAAUGUGUAAAUUUCCAUCCAUAAUAAAAUCAUGGUUCUUUAAGACAA